UGUAAAUUAAAACUGCUCCUAACCCCCCCAAAAAUAAAAAAAAAACUUGAAAAAUGCGUGAGAUUCUUCAUAUUCAAGCAGGACAAUGUGGAAAUCAAAUUGGAUCAAAAUUCUGGGAAGUUGUAUGUGACGAACACGGAAUUGAUCCAACUGGAAAAUACUGUGGGGAUUCUGAAUUGCAACUUGAAAGAGUUAAUGUUUAUUACAAUGAAACUGGAAAUGGACGUUACGUGCCACGGGCAGUGCUCAUGGACCUUGAACCUGGUACAAUGGACAGCAUCAAAUCAGGUCCUUUUGGACAGAUUUUUCGCCCUGAUAACUAUGUUUUCGGACAAUCUGGUGCUGGAAACAAUUGGGCUAAAGGACAUUAUACUGAGGGUGCUGAACUUAUUGACUCUGUUCUUGAUGUUGUCCGAAAAGAAGCUGAAAAUUCCGAUUGCUUACAAGGAUUUCAGGUGUGUCACUCACUUGGAGGAGGGACAGGAUCAGGAAUGGGAACAUUGUUGAUAUCAAAGAUCAGAGAAGAAUAUCCAGACAGAAUGAUGCUUACCUUCUCUGUUUUCCCAUCUCCAAAGGUCUCAGACACAGUGGUAGAGCCUUACAAUGCUACACUUUCUGUCCAUCAACUGGUUGAAAAUGCUGAUGAGUGUAUGGUUCUUGAUAAUGAAGCUCUCUAUGACAUCUGCUUCAGGACUCUCAAACUCUCCACACCAAGUUUUGGAGACCUGAAUCAUCUCAUUUCAGCAACAAUGAGUGGUGUGACUUGUUGCCUGCGAUUCCCUGGACAGCUGAAUUCUGAUCUUCGAAAACUAGCUGUGAACUUAAUCCCUUUCCCAAGACUUCACUUUUUCAUGGUUGGAUUUGCGCCUCUAACAUCAAGAGGAUCUCAGCAAUAUCGAGCACUUACUGUCCCUGAACUGACACAACAAAUGUGGGAUUCCAAGAACAUGAUGUGUGCUGCUGAUCCGCGACAUGGUCGGUAUCUCACAGCCUCAGCACUUUUUAGAGGCAAAAUGAGCACAAAAGAAGUGGAUGAGCAAAUGAUGAAUGUGCAGAACAAGAACUCUUCGUAUUUUGUGGAAUGGAUUCCGAACAAUGUUAAAUCCAGUGUUUGUGACAUACCACCUAAAGGGCUUUCGAUGUCUUCAACGUUUAUUGGGAAUUCAACUUCAAUUCAAGAAAUGUUUAGGAGAGUGAGUGAGCAGUUCACUGCUAUGUUUAGGAGAAAGGCAUUUUUGCAUUGGUACACAGGAGAAGGGAUGGAUGAAAUGGAAUUUACUGAAGCAGAGAGUAACAUGAAUGAUCUUGUGGCAGAGUAUCAGCAGUAUCAAGAUGCCACAGCUGAAGAAAACAGUGAUUAUGAAGAUGAAACUGGAGAAGAGUAAAGGUGUUCGACCAAUUUACUAUUACGUAUGUUACGUGCUGCAAUGAACCUGAAACUCCAUUAGAUUUAUAUUUCUCUGCAAUAUUUGUACUGUGUUUAUGCAUUUUUCUGAUACUGUGAACCACUUAUCUGUUUACUACUUGCUCAUUUACAAGGACUCAACAGCAAGAACACAACAGGUUGUAUUCUUGUCUGGACUUUGUACUAAAAGGAUUCUGCUCUAGUAAGUAGAAUCUAAUUGCAAAUU